AUGAAGUUGGGUAUUAUCUUUAGUUCCGUUGUUUAUUUUGUGGCGAUUUUAAUGCAAAAUCAAGGAUGUAAGGGCUGUUUAGAGAAGGAGAGAAUAGGCCUACUAGAGAUCAAGGACUACAUAUUGUCACAAAAAGGGGAUCCUUACAAUGAAUUGGAUUCAUGGGUUGAUGAUAGAGCUAGCAAUUGUUGUACUUGGAACAAAAUCAAGUGUUCUAAUAUCUCUUCUGGCCACAUAACUGACUUAUCCCUAAAAAUGUUACUAGACUUUUGGUCCUCUAAUACGAUGUUAAACGUUUCAUUGUUCCAUCCAUUUGAAGAGUUACGCCUCCUCGACUUGUCAUACAAUUUGUUUCGAGGCUGGAUUGGCAAUGAAGGAUUUCCUGGACUAAACAAGUUGGACACAUUAGACCUUUCGGAUAACAAUCUAAAUAGUAGCAUCUUGCGAAGUUUGAAUGAAUUAACUUCUUUAACAACUUUGAAGCUUGGUUAUAAUUUCAUGCACAACUUCUCUGCUCAAGGAUUUUUGAGAUCAAAGGAGUUGGAGGUCUUAGAACUUCCGGGAAAUAUGCUAAAUGGCAGCAUCAUACCAAGUUUGCAUGAAUUCACAUCAUUAAAGAAUUUGAGGCUGGGCGAUAACAACUUUAAUUGUUCCCUCUCUUCUUUAGAUGUUCAAAACCUAAGAAACUUGAAAGUGCUAAGUUUAAGCAAUAAUUACAUGAAUGGCUCAAUUGAAGGAUUAUGCAAAUUGAAGGAUUUGGAAGAUCUAAAUAUCGGUAAUAAUAUGUUUAGUGCUCAACUUCCUGAGUGUUUAAGCAACUUAACAAACCUUCAAGUUCUUGAACUUAGUAAUAAUUUGUUCACUGGAAAUUUUCCAUCCUUCACUAGCAAUCUCACUUCCUUGACAUACUUAUCUUUCUGUGAAAAUUACAUGCAAGGAACAUUUUCAUUGAGCACUUUGGCUAAUCACUCCAAACUUCAGCAAUAUAUAUCAAACAACAAUUUAAGUGGUUUGCUUCCAAAAGAUUUUGGUAAUUUCCUUCCAAGUGUUACAUAUUUGAAUAUGUCAUGGAAUAACUUCGAAGGAAAUAUACCUUCAUCAAUUGGUAAGAUGAAAAAUCUUGAGUCCUUGGAUGUCUCUCAUAAUCAUUUCUUAGGCGAGUUACCUAAAGGAUUGGCCACAUAUUGCGAAAUGUUAACAUACUUGAAGGUCUCCAACAACUAUCUACAGGGGAAUAUUCCAAAAUUUUCAAAUUGGAUGAAUAUGGAAGUGUUAUUUCUCAAUAACAACAAUUUUAGUGGAACACUUGAAGAUGUAUUGGGAAACAAUAUAGGAUUGAUAGUAUUAUACAUAUCUAAUAACUCAAUCUCAGGCACAAUUCCUAAUUCAAUUGUGAUGUUUUCUUCUAUGCGAGUUCUUCUUAUGGCAAAUAAUCUUUUAGAAGGUGAGAUCCCUAAAAAGAUGUUUCUCAACAUGUCAAUGCUUCAAAUUAUGGAUCUUUCUCAAAAUAAGUUAAUUGGAUCAUUACCAAAAUUUAAUAGUUUAACAUCUUUGAGGUUUUUGUAUUUGCAAAAGAAUUAUCUCUCUGGAUCUAUACCAUUUGAACUUUCUAAAAGCUCAAACCUACAACUUCUAGACUUGAGAGAGAACAAAUUUUAUGGAAAUAUUCCGAAUUCGAUCGAUAAGUUCUCAGAGUUAAAGAUUCUUUUAUUAGGAGGGAACAACUUUGAAGGAGAAAUUCCAAUUCAGUUGUGUCAGUUGAAAAAGGUUGACAUAUUGGACCUAUCAAGGAAUGUGUUCAAUGCUUCAAUACCAUCUUGUUUCCAGAAUUUGUCAUUUGGAAUGGGACAAUAUGAUGAUGAUGGUUAUGAUUAUGGUCCUGUUUUUGAAAUCUCAAUGUACAAUCCCCCAAUAUACUUUCUUCCAAAUGAAGAAUCUCUCUUCGAUGCUCGUUUGUUAAUUCUAUUGCCUUUGUUCGAUCUAUUAAAUGAAGACCUAAAAUUGGAAGUGGAAUUCAGAACAAAGAACAAUGAUUAUUUUUACAAAGGUAAAGUCCUAGAGAACAUGACUGGAUUGGACUUAUCAUGCAAUAAGUUAACAGGACAAUUUGGAGACUUUGAUGAUGAAAACUACAGAGGUAAUCCUGAUCUUUGUGGACCGCUCCUCAAGCGAAAGUGUGAAGAUGUUGCGUUUUCACCUUCUUCACCAUCGAAUGAGAAUGAAGAAAAUGAAACAAAAGUUGACAUGAUAGCAUUUUAUUGGAGUUUUGCAGCAUCUUACAUAACAAUACUUCUAGCCAUCUUGACAGUGUUGUACAUCAAUGUAGAUUGGCGCAUGGUCUUGUUUUAUUACGUUGAUAAGGUUAUACUUAGAUGUUUUCCAACUUUCCCAUUGCAUUGA